AUGGUGUUCUUGGGAACUCCGUUUCGAGGAUCAUCAGCGGCGAAGCCCGCUGAAGCUGUUCGAAGAGUUCUUCAACUUUUUACAGUUGACACACAGCGAGAGACUCUGAAGCUUCUUGGUGUUGAUUCUGAGCGCCUAGGUGAACUCAACAGAGCAUUCCCGCAGGUUCUCAACAAGCGCAGAUCUUCUAACGACAUCAAUCACCGAAUCGAAGCUUCUUUCUUCUACGAGACUCUAAAGACAAGCUGGGGCGUAGGAUCAGUCCAGAUCGUCGAACCCGAAUCCGCUCAAGUUCAUGGAUGUGGCGAUUCCGCGCCUAUUCGCGCUGAUCACAUUGAUAUCUGCAAGUUCGAGGCGAAGGAUGCUGAAGGCUAUGCCCCUGUUGUGGCCGCAAUUCGGAAAGCCAUGAUACCGCCGGGUAUGUCCGCAUCAAAUGGUGGCAAAGUUAUCAAUGUCCUGGGGAAGGCUAUAAAUGUCGCCAACGGUAGCAUUCAUAUUGCCAGCCAGGUGAACCAUAUGUAG